ACCGCUUCAAGAUAUAACAAAGAAGAAAAUAGCCUGGUGUUUUGAUGAACAGAGAAUUAGAAAAGAAUGCUAAAAAGGAAACAACGAUAGGAAUCGGAAGUUUUUGAGCUGCCUGUAAGAGAACACCUCUCAGGACUUGAAAAUAUUGAUGACAGCUCCACCGUCACUUCCUUUUCCUCUUGAGCACAAACUCACAAAACAUCUGUCUCCACUGUACACUGCUGAUUAAAAGCAUGCAAGUUGAUGAUAAUGAGAAGCCGGGUAGCGUCGGUAGACCUGCUGGUGGCAGAGUCGGUCUGUCUCUUAAAUCUAGAAGGAAAAAGAAGCAAAAGGCGGGCAGGCCUUUAGACAGCCGAGUGGCCCUUGGCUUGGCGUUUCAUAGAUGGCGGUCACUGAGAAACAAAUCUGGAAUGCGUUCAGAUGCAGAAGUGGCCUUAUAUCUUCUUAAUGCGAUGGAUCAAGAUUCUACAUCAUUAAAUUCAAGCAGACUGAACAAUCAGAAGAUGAAAUUCUCAAAAUCAGAGGUGCAGGCUCUGAUCCAACAGGAGGUUCACAAAGGCUUGGUGAAAAAUGAAGCCAAGAUGCGGAGUUUAAUAGAAACAUUGCAGAAGAUGAGCAAUGACUUCAACUUUGAAAAAUCCAUCCACAAACUAGAGACUCAGCUCAACACUGUGUCCAGGAAAGCAGAGUCAGUGUUUGCUUACAUAGCAAACCUCCAAAAAGAGAGUUUAUCGUCUUCCCUUGCUUCUGARGAUAGCAGCAGGGGAGCCUUCGGGGAGGCCUAUAUGGAAACUCUGCCACAGAGCAGUAAACAGGAGCUGGAAAGGAAGUGCGCCAUCAAGAGUGACGAGCUUGUCAAAAUGAUUGAAACAAACAAUCUGAAACAUUUGAGCUCAGAUAAUGAAGAUUUAAGAGAGAAGAAACCUCAACUUCUUCCCUCUUUUGGUUUCUUUGAAAAGAUGGCCAUAAAACAAGAGUUCAAAGAUGCACAGGAAGAAGAAAAUCAUGAUAGGAAGCCACAUCUGCUAGAGSAACCGAAAAUCAAAAAGUUUAAAGGUUGUGACACUUCAGGCCACAGUAUGCCUUCAUCAGACAAUGGRCAGGAGUUGCUCGUCUGUCCUGCUCUUCCCACCCUCCCACUCCCCAGCUCCUUGAACAYGGAAGCAGCUUUGUACAGCAUGCCUCAGAAAGUUGAAUUGAAACUGGCCCUCAUCAGGAACCCCACUAGACUGUCUGUUCUUUGGAACGUGACGGAAAAAGACCCCGCUGCGCCGAUCAUGGACAGCUACACGAUUUUCUUGACUAUGGAAAAGGUCAAAGGAAGCGGCACCUUCCCAAAAUGGAGGUCUUAUAGUCAGCUGAAGGCCACGUCUCUGCCAAUGGGCGCGCUGAUAAAAAAGUACAAGCCUGGACACAAAGUGUGUGCCGCUGUUGUAGGAAAAGACAUUUUUGGACGUUACGGACCAUAUAGUGAGGUUGUCACAAAGACGAUGCCGGACUAGUUGUGAAAGUGCUGYCUUUUCUAAGGAGACUGACAAAUUUAUUUUUACCGAGCAGCUUUUGUAAAUCAUGGUUUUACUAUGUGUUAAGGAAGACAAUGUUUUUUGUUUUGACAGUAAAAUUGAGCUAGGUGGCACAAUGUCAGUUUUAGCUCACUAACAAUA